ACAGAGAGAGAGAGAGAGAGAGAUGGACAGUGCUGUUGAAACAGAGACACAGGGUGAGGCAGAGGGAGCUCCAAACCCUAGCAAUGGCAAUGAGGAAGAGAAGGCAAAGGUGGUGGUGAUAAUGGGUCCCACAGGCUCAGGGAAGUCAAGGCUAGCCAUUGAUUUAGCCACCCACUUCCCCAUUGAGAUCAUCAACGCUGAUUCUAUGCAGGUCUACCAUGGCCUUGAUGUCCUCACCAACAAGGUCUCCCUCAAUGAGCAAAAGGGGGUGCCACAUCAUCUUUUGGGGACCAUAAGCCCAAACCUGGAAUUCACUGCUAAGGAUUUCAGGGAUUCUGUUAUUCCUCUUAUCAAUGACAUAUUGCUUCGCAACUGCAUGCCGGUCAUUGUUGGGGGUACAAAUUACUAUAUCCAGGCUCUUGUAAGUGCAUUCCUCUUGGAUGAUUCAGCAGAAGAUAUGGAUGAAGGCUGUUUAAGUGGCCCUCUUGGAGAUGAACAGACAGAUAAAGAGCUGGAUUUUGGGAGAGACGGUUCUGACUAUAGUUAUGACCAUCUUAAGGACAUUGAUCCAGUUGCAGCAAACAGAAUCCAUCCAAAUAACCAUAGAAAAAUUAGUCAAUAUCUCAAUCUUUACUCCCGUUCUGGUGUGCCCCCAAGCAAACUUUUUCAGGAAAAGACAGCCAAGAAUUGGGGUCAAGUCAAUAAUUUUAGAUACAAUUGCUGUUUUAUAUGCGUGGAUGCUUCUCUCCCUGUACUGGACCAAUAUGUGGAACAAAGAGUUGAUUGCAUGAUAGAAGCUGGAUUACUUAAUGAAGUCUUUGACAUUUACAAUCCAAAUGCAGAUUACACUAGAGGCCUGCGACAAGCCAUCGGUGUUCGGGAGUUUGAAAAUUUUCUGAAAGAUUAUUUUUUAGAAGGUAGAUGUGAUGAAGAAAGUGAUUCCACUGAAGGGUCUUUGUCCCUGAGAUCUAUAAACAAGGGUAAUAAGAUGUUGAAAGAGAAUAUUCAGGUAAUCUUGGAUACCAUUGGUGACAACCAACCUAGAAUUCUGCUAAAAGAAGCCAUUGACAGAAUGAAAUUGAACACCCGAAGACUUGUUCGUCGUCAAAAAAGGGGGAUAAAUCGGCUGCAAACAUUGUUUGGGUGGAACAUACAUUAUGUUGAUGCAACAGAAUCCAUAUCAUGCAAAUCAGAUGACUCAUGGGCUUUGCAAGUAGUUGAACCUGCAGAAAAAAUUAUUAGAUCUUUCCUUAAUGAGAAUGCCAGCUCAAUGCCUGAUUUGGAGGCUCCAAAUAACAUGGGACCGAAAUUAAUCCAGAGGGACUUAUGGACUCAAUAUAUAUGUCAGGCUUGUGGGGAUAGGGUACUUAGAGGGGUACAUGAGUGGGAACAACACAAACAAGGCCGUGGGCAUCGAAAACGUAUUUCCCGGCUGAGGAAGUCUCAAGGAUUUUACUUACUGGAGCAGCAACAACAACAACAACAACAUCAACAUCAACAUCCUGACUGUAGCUAGAUACAUUCAAUAUUUAUCUUGGUUGUUGGAGACCGGAAGUAUCCAAUUUCUCUUAAUCUGCUUGUCCAUUUGUGGUUGAAAAAGAAUUCACCUCCAUGUGUAAGGUUUGAAAUUGGUAUUUAUAAUCAUAGAUAUAAAGCCAAAGGUUGAUCCGUGAUUUGUUGAAUCAUGUUGGAAUAUUGGUUAGGUAUGAUAUGAUAUUUGCAGA